UUCACCACUCUGAUUCACACUAUAUAAGCUUAGACAAGAGGAUUUCAAUUUAUUCCAAACUCAAGUGGGAUUAAAGAAACAAUCCUAAAAUCAAAAUAGAAUAGAAGUUAAAAGCGUAUUAAAAUGAUAUUAGUUUGGCUUUUCUCCCUAACCGUUCUCUUGGUAAGGACGACCAAAUGUGAACCACCAGUAAAUAGCUACCUACCUCCAUCUACAGGAUCUGGCGGAAGACCAUCGUCACAAUAUGGUGCUCCUAACGUAGGGCAAGGGAGACCUGGAUCUGGAUCACAAAAUCAGUUCGGAGGCAACUAUAACGCUCCAGGAAAUUAUCCUUCAAAUUCUCUAUCUACUGAAUAUGGAGUACCCGGACAAGGUUCUUCAGGAUUCCCAAGAGAUGGUUCACAAGGUCGCCAGGGGCAAGCUCCCAGUCAACAAUACGGAACUCCCAACCAACGAGGUGGUAGCGGUGGGGGCAAUUUUCCUCUCCGCGGACGAGGGUCUUCUCAAAGGCCAGAUACAUCUUACGGAGUACCAUCUACCGAUUAUCAACCAGGAAACUUCAAUGGCGGAAAUGCAGGUCGCCAAAAUCAAGGCCCUAGACAACAGUUUGGCGGAUCUCCCUCCUCCUCUUACGGCACCCCUGAUUUCGGUAAUGAUUUAGAUAGUAAAAAUCAAAAUUAUCGCGGAUCAGGGGUGGAUGAUUCUAAUGAGCCAGCUAAAUACGAAUUUAGCUAUGAAGUCGAUGAUGCAGCUACAGGUACAAAGUUUGGUCACUCUGAAAGGCGAGAUGGCGAUGUUACCACAGGGGAGUAUAACGUAGUAUUGCCCGACGGUAGGAAGCAAGUGGUGGAGUACGAAGCAGAUCGCGAGGGCUACAAGCCUCAGAUCCGAUAUGAGGGAACUGGUGGUGGCAGUGGAUCUGGUUUUGGCAGCGGAGGAAGAAACCAAGGUUAUCCACGUGCAGAUGCGAACGCCGAGGCUUUCGCUGGAGCAGGCUACCCUCAACAACCUGGUUCCGGUCAAGGUGGAAGAUAUCAGCAACCUGGUUUUGACUCAGGAUCCGGUUCCGGUGGUUAUCCGAGUAGUGAACAAGGCUUUCCCGGUGGACUAGAUGGUGGUAGUGGCUAUCCUAGUGGACCUCAAGGUGGUAGAAGCAGGGGAGCUCAAGGUGGUGGAAAUUAUCCUGGCAGUCAAGGAGGCUAUCCUGGGGGCAGACCACAAGGUGGCAGAAAUGGGCCCCAAGGAGGAAGCGAAGGGUAUCCUAGCGGUGGCCCGAAUGGUCCACGUGGUUCCGGAUACUAAAUGUUACCCAUAAAUGAACAAUGGUUAAGUCAAACGCAUCUCGAUCACUUGUAAAUAAAUAAACACACAUUGUAGAAUAGGUAUUUCUUUUUAUUCUUAAUAAAUCAUUUAUCACAUAAUACAAUGCAUUUCUUUUUAAAAUUCGGCUU